AUGUACCUGGAUCCAGACCAAAACAAUUCUGAAAAUCUCUAUAUUGUUUCCUUGAGAAUUAGGUCAGUGCCUGUUGUGGCAGAAGAAGGAGCUGCAGAUGGACAUCCUCGCAGCAGGGAUGGUGACGGUGCCAGAGCACCCCGUCGCAACCCGGAGGACGCCAACAUCAUGUUAGAGAUGCUCUGGGGAGGGCUGGCUGUGGAGGCCGACGGGACGAUGAGGCUGCGGGAUGAAGAGCUGGCCUCCCUGCGCCCCGCGCGCCGCUUCACCCGCGUUUUGGAGGACGAAGUUCCCAAAACAGCGGCGGAGGUCGAGCAGCACCUGAGAUACUAUUCCCUGAGCGACACCCCUCUGCCCCUACCAGAGUUCGAGCGUCUCCUCUUCACCAGCGUUUACUGUGCCCAUCAGGUUCGCUCCAGCCAGGGUCUGGAUAAAAACCUCUGGAUUCAUUUCUUCUCUCAGCUGGUCGAUGAAAUCUUUCGUGAUCUGUGCAAGGGGCUCUGCGCUGCAAACACCACCCUCCUCCUGGCUUCCUGGUCCGGGAAGGAGAAGCCUUCCCAUUUAGCAUCCCUGAAACAUUUCUAUCCUUCUAACCUGGCCAGGACCAAGAGAGACACUUCCUAA